UGCAGGGGGGAGGCUGCAGGAGGCCGCGCCUGGCCUCCUUGGGUUCCUGCCCCUGCUGGGCUCCCGAGGUCAGCAGGAUCAUACUUCAAGCUUCACCCGGAGAGUGUGGUGCUCGUGUGUGGCCCCUGGGUGUCUGAAGGCCUUGGCCUGUGUGUCCGCCUGUUCUGUCCCGUCUACUCAUGUGCCUUGAGUGCACGCUGGCGUGGGUUCAUGUGUGUGUGGUCCGUGUGUUUGUGCCUGCGGGUGUCUGUGCAUUUCGGAGCAUGAGCUUGUGUUUGUGUGUUCACUCGUGUGCCUGUUUGGGCAUCUUUGUGUGUGUGCGUGCAGGCACGUGAGCCUGUGUCCUGAGUGUCCCUGUGGGUGUGCCCCGUGUCUCCACACGUGUCCCUGAGUCAGCCGCAGUGAAGAUGCAGAGAUAAGCCCUGGGGGACAGCUUAGGAUGCUGAGUCCUGGGGCAUCUGCCUGCCCUGUCCUCUCUGAUUUGCCAGGUAUCCUAGCGACGCUGCUGCCAGUCGCCUAGCAACCAGGUCCCCAUCCUUGGAGACGGAUGCUCCAAGCAGGGUCUGGGCUAUGUGACUUCACACCUCUGAGGCUUAAUGCUCCCGUCUGCACGAGGGUGAUGCUGAUGACAAUGAGCCGGUGCCAGGUGGCUUUGCACGCAGGGAGGUGGCAUGGAGUCCCUCUUCCCUGCCCCAUUUUGGGAGGUCCUCUACGGCAGCCACCUGCAGGGCAACCUGUCCCUCCUGAGCCCCAACCACAGCCUGCUGCCCCCCAACCUGCUGCUCAAUGCCAGCCACGGCGCCUUCCUGCCCCUUGGGCUCAAGGUCACCAUCGUAGGGCUUUACCUGGCUGUCUGCAUUGGGGGACUGCUGGGAAAUUGCCUCGUCAUGUAUGUCAUCCUAAGGUAGGCUGGGGACCUGCCAAGGUUCCCUACUGGCACACCAAGAUGAAGACGGCCACCAACAUUUACAUCUUUAACCUGGCUCUGGCGGACACUUUGGUGCUGCUGACGCUGCCCUUCCAGGGCACAGAUGUCCUCCUGGGCUUCUGGCCGUUCGGAAAUGCCCUGUGCAAGACAGUCAUUGCCAUCGACUAUUACAACAUGUUUACCAGCACCUUCACGCUGACCGCCAUGAGCGUGGACCGCUAUGUAGCCAUCUGCCACCCCAUCCGCGCUCUCGAUGUCCGGACGUCCAGCAAGGCCCAGGCCGUCAACGUGGCCAUCUGGGCUCUGGCGUCUGUCGUGGGUGUUCCUGUCGCCAUCAUGGGCUCGGCGCAGGUCGAGGACGAAGAGAUUGAGUGUCUCGUGGAGAUCCCCGCCCCACAGGACUACUGGGGCCCCGUGUUUGCCAUCGGCAUCUUCCUCUUCUCCUUCAUCCUCCCCGUGCUCAUCAUCUCCGUCUGCUACAGCCUCAUGAUCCGGCGGCUGCGUGGCGUCCGCCUGCUGUCCGGCUCCCGGGAGAAGGACCGGAACUUGAGGCGCAUCACGCGGCUGGUGCUGGUGGUGGUGGCGGUGUUCGUGGGCUGCUGGACGCCCGUCCAGGUCUUCGUGCUGGUCCAAGGGCUGGGCGUUCAGCCGGGCAGUGAGACCGCAGUGGCCGUUCUGCGUUUCUGCACGGCCCUUGGCUACGUCAACAGCUGCCUCAACCCCAUCCUCUACGCUUUCUUGGACGAGAACUUCAAGGCCUGCUUCCGAAAGUUCUGCUGUGCUCCUGCCCUGCGCCGGGAGAUGCAGGUGUCUGACCGUGUGCGCAGCAUUGCCAAGGAUGUGGCCCUCGCCUGCAAGACCUCCGAGACAGUACCGCGGCCCGCAUGACUAGGCGUGGACCUGCCCAUGGUGCCUGUCAGCCCACAGAGCCCGUCCACACCCAACACGGAGCUCACCCAGGUCACUGCUCUCUAGGCUGACGGCAACCUGAGCCCUGGGCGUCGCCGGACUCACAGACUUCACCGUGGCUUCAGAGGGCCCGGUGACAUCAUGGGACAGGUCAGACUACAGCUGCCCUCCUGGUUCAGGGUGGAGAGGGGACGCGAGGACCCACCGGUGAGCGUGCGUGACCAGAGCGCACGCCAACUCUCCUAUGCGCCUCGGGACCCUUCUGGCCUCUGCCCCGCCGCACCCUGUGCGCUCUUGGCGUGCACACACCCGGAGGCGUAACAGCAGCGUGCCCACCCCGUGCCCCCGUGCGGCGUGCCGUCUGCGUGGAGCCCUGCCGCGUCUCCUUGGGCCUGGAACUGACUGGAGGGCUGGCAAGGUGUCCGCGGGCAGCGGGGCUUGGAGCCGCUGGCACGGACUUGCCUGUGCCUCAGCUGCUCCCCUUCUCGUCCCCCACCUGCCUCUCAGAGGCUUUUCCCUCCAGAAGCGCCAAGAACUGUCAGCCUCAGAUGUGCUGCCCGCGCGUGCGGAGGCGGCUCAGAAGGCCUGUGGGCUGCUUGAUCACCUCAGGCCGCUGUUGCUUUUUUAAAAUGUCUUCUUUAAAAAUUGCGUUUCUCUUUUUAGAGAGAGAGAGAGAGAGAGAGGACGCAAGGCGGGGAGAGGGGCAGAGGGGGAGAAAGAGA